CCACAACCCUGGCGUUGCAAGCGCCAUGCUCUACCAACUGAGCUACAGAGGACAAUAUGCUUGUAUUGAACAGAAAGUCUAUGAACACAAUCUAUAUGGUUAGCUCUAUCGCUUUGGAACACAUUGGAUUGUUGGGGUUUGUUGCUGUCAGGAGCUCUCAGUAUUCGUUUUUGAGGUGUGUUUUCCCUGACUGAACUCUACAUGAAUGGCUAACUUUGCUAAUGACCGCAGGCAUGGCGUGAAGCUACUGUCGUGAUUUGUGUGGCACGGGGCGUUCUCUAUUGACAUACUCAACACGAGAAAAGAAGAGUGCACGAGCAAGUGCACUGUAGCUACUUCCCUGUCACAGCGCGCAGGUGGCCAUUCUAAAAACACAUUUAUAGCUUAGUGGAGUUGACUGGGGGGCUAGGGGACGAUAAAAAGGUGUAAAUUAAAACAGCCUUCCCAACAUAGACGAGGCGUUCUUUACCAGAGUUUUUAGAUCAACCAAGCAGACUGUGGCUUCUUUUGAUUAAACGUCAAAUUGUCAUUGGGCAGAAGUAAUCAUGUGACAGGCAGUUCGUUCCAAUUUCAACCUUGUCUCCAUGAAUUCAAUAGUUUAAUAGCAGCUCGUUCACCAUACGGCCGUAAUCAGUGAAUUAGAAAAAAGUAUGUAUUUCUUAUUGAGCCGCGACAUAUAAAAAUACACACAGCAAACUUUCCUCGGCUCUCAGUGAGCGGAGAUGAAUUACGAAUUCGAGCGAGAGAGUGGUUUUAUCAAUAGUCAGCCGUCGCUUGCUGAGUGCCUGACAUCUUUCCCCCCUGUCGGUGAUUCAUUUCAAAGUUCAUCAAUCAAGAGAUCGACGCUUUCACGCUCGACACUGAUUCCUCCUCCUUUUGAGCAGACCAUUCCCAGCCUCAACCCGGGAAGCCACCCGAGGCACAGCCGGCCCAGACUCAGCCCUGAUGGAUGCAUCCCGCUGCCCACCGCCUCCCUACCCCCGGAAUACCCCUGGAUGCGGGAGAAGAAAGCCUCCAAGAAGAAUCACCUGCGGACUUCCACAGCGACGGCCAUAACGAGUGGACCUGUAUGCUUCUCCCCGAAAGGCUCCCCUGAGGUCCUAGAGAGUGGAGGAGGGGGCUCCCGGCGGUUGAGGACUGCAUACACCAAUACACAGCUCCUGGAGCUGGAGAAGGAGUUCCACUUCAACAAGUAUCUGUGCCGACCGAGGAGGGUGGAGAUAGCCGCCCUGCUGGACCUCACCGAGCGGCAGGUCAAAGUGUGGUUCCAGAACCGUCGGAUGAAGCACAAGAGGCAGACCCAGUGCAAGGAGAACCACAACGGUGAGGGGAAAGGGCCGAGCACCGGGGUCGGGAUCCAGAGCGACGACGAGGAGGAUGAUGGGUCGCUGUUUGAGCAGAGCCUCAAUACAGUGACCGGGGCCCUUGAGGAAAGAGAGGCCUGCUCCUUUCAGCAUAACUCGCUGAGUUCUUCCCAGCAGCUACAGAAUGUUGGCCCGCACAAUGGUGAGGCCCAGAGUUAUACAGUGUCGCCACUGAGCAGCAAUGACAAAAAUCUGAAACAUUUUCUCAACCCGUCACCCACUGUUCCAGGCUGCGUGUCAACAAUAGGCCCCGGCUCUGCAACUGGCCCGGACAAUGGCGGUAGUCCCGCGGCCCUGGAUGUCUCAAUACACGACUUCCAAGUAUUCUCCUCGGAUUCUUGCCUUCAACUCUCCGAUGCCGCUUCGCCCAGUUUGUCAGAAUCCCUGGACAGCCCCGUGGACAAUCUGGACAUAUCUACGGACAGCUUCUACUUUUUCUCGGAGUCACUAACUACAAUCGACUUGCAACAUCUGAGCUAUUGACAUAAAUCAAAAAUACAACAAGACUUUCAAACCGGAACAUUUAAAGAAUUCAAACUCUGGUAUUAACUAUUCAUUUAAUUUAGGUGGUUGUUUUAGGCCUAUAUGAUGGCACAUUUUUAUUGAUUCAUUGAUUAGUCGAUUAAUUCAAGGUAAGACUCUGGACAAAUACACAAUUGUGGCUUGUAAUUACAAUAACAAAUUGAUUUCUGAAGAUGCAAUAUAUGUGAAGGUGCACAAUAGUAUGAAUUCUGGUCAUUUUAUUUUUGUAUAGCUUACAAUAUCAUUACUAUUUUUGUUAGAAAUAAAUCUGACUUGCCAUAAGGAAAUUGCAAAAUUGUGUAGAGUUAUUAUUAUUAUCCAAACCUUUUUAUGAAGUGUAAAGUGUAUUUUGGAUCAAAUGUAUUUUUGUCCAAAAAAUAGAAAGGAGAAAUAACCAAUCGAUGAAAUGUUUAUUAGUUCCUGAAUACAAAUUUACUCUCGUUAAUUUGCAAGUCAAAAUAGUGUGAUGAAAGCAGGCCAAUAUAGCCUUAUCUCUGAGUAUGAAUCCUAUAGUUAUUAUAAUUAAUGCCUGGUUUAUAUUCUAUUGUAAGCAUAACAUUUAGUGGGAUUUUAAAAAAAAACACGAAUCUUCAUCUAUGAAGUUGAAUAAUCUUAAUGCACCAAUUUAGAGCUAUUGACAUUGUAUUCUGUUUAUGUUAAUUACAAAUUAGCACCUUUUUCAUUAUUUUACACUGAUUUAAAAAGCCGUGAAAUUCGAGAAUGAAGUUAAUAUUAGUUCAAACUAUUUGUUUAAUAAAAAUAUCAGCUUCUGGUCCAAUUCCAUGCAACUCAGAGGCGAUUAUACAACAAAUUAUAUAGGCUUACCUACUACUACUAUAUCAUUUUGAAUAAAAUGUCCUCUUUUACUUUCUCUGGUUGUAAAGUUAGUAGCAUUGUAAACAUGGUAGGCUAGCAAUAGCAUGGCUCCCUAUAGUGCGAGCUCCCAGUGCUGCGUGCAUGUGGAGGCAAAUGCUCUAGCCAUGUUUUCCGAGCUCGUAAAUCAAACUCCGUCAUGAAUAAGAAUGGCAUCAAAGAGAUCAAUUGUGACGUAUAAUGCACAAAUAAAAACCCUCUAUGUUUUCGGGUGGGAUUCGCAAUUCGAAGCCAAAAAAAGUCGGAAGCUUUGUAGGCUUUUGGUAAUAAUUCAUUUUUAUAGCUGUUCAAACACAGCGCGUGGGCUCUCCAAGCGUGCAGGGCAGCGGGCAGCAGAAGUAUCUCUCCCCUCGUGCUAUAAGUAGCCUAAUUCAAAACAGGCUGCUGCAGGCCCUACAUUAGUAUUCAUUUUAUACGUUUUAUAUUUUCUAAAAACAGCUCUAAAGCGUUUAAUGAUUGGGGAGAAGUGUAGGCCUAUGCCAAGAAAUGCAUUUGAUUAAAUUGAGAUGUUCAUAAGAAUAGCCUAUUAGGGCAAAAUGGCUUUCGGCUAUAAAUGUUUUUUUGUUCUUGUUUUUUUGUUCUUGCAGAAAUAUAUUUCUCCACAGUCUUGGAUAAAUGCGUGUAUUACCCAUUUCACUGUGCAAGUUGUGUGAGAUUUGGGUAGAAAUAUUACAUUCCUGUAAUAAUUUCGGAAUGGGCUAGUAGUUAUCAUUAUUUCACUCAACAUGCUUAUGCUUGUGGGCAUACUAACCACCGGUUGCUACAUAGCAUGGAUCGAUCGUAAAACGUAUCAUUGCAAAGUUAAGUGCAUAGCCUUAUUACAUUUAACUGUAGUGGUGGAGUGACGUUUAGCCAAUAUUUAACUUCCUAAAAACUGGCCGUGGACGCCUAUAGGCUAUUUACAUAUGCGAAAAGGAAAGCUGCUAUAUAAGGCUAUACAACUCUGGCCCAACUUGGGCUUUCCUUUCCAAAGGCUGGUAACGAAAUAAUUCCGAAACAAUGCGCCUUUUCUCUCCGCAUUCCAUGUUCGCACAAAGCGUAUUCUGGAAGGUAUUCUGGAACAUCCAUGGCCUGGCGAAGAGAUUCAAUGCUGCGCCCACGCGCUAGGCUGUAUGCACCGUUGUAGCGAGAGAGAAAGAGAUGAGGAAGGGAGAAAAUGGAAGAGUCAGGAAGGAGUAUGGUACUUUCUUGCAUUUCUUAGACGUCUUUCAGUGUCGAUCCGUUUUUAUUCUAAAUGUAAGAUAGGACCUAUCUGCGUUCAUAUGGGUAUUGCUCUUGAAGCUCAAUGUGAGCUAAGCGACUACCGUGGGGAAAAUACUGCUGAGAAGGAAAAGAGGCUGUUGUAAGAAUGACCACCACUAGGCCAUACAGUCCUCUUAUCAUCCAGUAGGGGCGCAAACCACUCUCCCCCUCUUGUCCCUCUCCCCUCCUCCUCCUCUCUCUCUCUCUCUGUUCAUGUGUGAGUGUGAUAUGUGCCUUUCUGUGUGCAAUAAUAAUAAUAAUGAUAAUGCAGUUUAGCUUGCAACUGAUUUUGUGUGCCAUCACAGCAGCAAGAUUUGUCACCUGUUGACACAAGAAAAGGGCAACCAGUGAAGAACAUACACCAUU